AUGUUGAUGGAGUCGAGGUGCCAGUGGUACGUGGAUGAUUGCACAGAAGUAAACCCUGAUGACCGUUCAGAAAGUUCAUCUGAUAGCAUUUCCUUCAAUGGACAACUUGUUAAUCCCAUAAGAACUAUAAUUCAUCCCGGAGGUAAGUGAAUAUUAUGCCAACCUCUUAAAUUAAACUGUGUACAUUGUAGAUUCGAAGUAAAAAGAUUCAAUGUCAGAUACGCUUCGAUGGACUCGCAAAAUCACGCUAAUCUCUUGGAAAGUUUACUUUAGCUCCCCUCGUACACAGAAAAUCUAGUUGUCUUUAAUUUUCAAAUUAAUCAAGAUUAGAAGCAAAAUAGGUUUACCGGUUGAUACUGUAUAUAUCGGCAGAAAAAAAUUUCCUUUCGGUGCAACUUAAAGCUUCGAUUCGCUUCACUCCUUCGGGUUCGUAGUAAGUUGUAAAGUACUUAAGCUUAAGUGGGAAGAUUUUGUGGUUUCAACUUCGCUUUUUCCUACAUGUAAAUGUUUCGUAUGAAAACGAUACAAAUUUUUUUGUUUUUGUCUGAAAAUGAAAGGCUGCUACUUUAUUGUCUUCUUGAAGUAUUUUCUGUCUGAAGAGAUUUUGAAAAAGCUGUAAGGAAUAAUUUUUGGAGCGUGGUAGUAGGGAAAUUAUUUCUACUUUUAUCCAUUCUCUAGUUAACGAGGCAGUUGACCUUUUUCAGGCUUUUGAAAAAAUGUUUUGUUCCCCAACUCUAUGAAUUUCAUGAUUUCAAAGGGAGGGCUCAUUUGAUUUGGCAGAACGGAAGAACCAUGCUAGAUUUUUUAAUGAGGACAGACAUGAAAAUUUGUUUUUUUUCAAAUCAACUAUUCUUUUGAUUAGCUUAUGAUUAAAGUCACCUGAAAAUGUUUCAGUUUGAAGGUAAAAGGUGGCAGGAGUUGGUUGGGGGUGGGUGCUAAAAGAGAGAGUGGAUGAGGAAUCCUUGUUACAGAGGGAACUUCACAUACUUGACUGUAUUAACUUGGACCACAAAUGUUAAUAUAUUAUUACUUGCCCAGCGAGGAAUAUUUCUCCAGAAGUUUUUUUUCAGCCGGCGUAUCAUUUGUUUUAGGCAAGGAUUGUGAUUCAGACAUCAUCAGGGUUGUCACUAAGAUUUCAAGUUGCCGGGUAUUUGUUGUUAGUAGCUGGGGAAGUCGCAAGCAGUUAUGGAGCCCCUCCCCCCUCCCUCCCCCCAGAAGUUUUUGAACUGCAACUUCUACCGUUUUCCAAACGGCAAUACCGCCCCUAAAAAGCAAUCUUCAUCAAGAGUACAGCUAUCAUUAGCGGUUUUAUGAUGACCACGUCUUUAUUAAAGAAAACUACAACAUUCUGAGACACUAAAAUAAUAUUUUCAGGUGACUUUACGUAAAGGCUCGUUGGAGGGUUUUUUCAGUGGCCGCCAAAUGGGAAUAUACAUGUAAGCACCAGGCCUGAAAAAAUGACAGGUUGGCGCUGGUCACUUUAUCUGAGAAAAGUUUGUCGUCGCUUGUUUUACGUCCUCUAUAAAAUUGAAACUAAGCAUUUUCACGUCGUAGUCGUGCAGUAACGGCAAAAAAAUGUACAAAAAAGCGUGAUGCACGUGCAAACUAGUUGUUUUGCUCAAUAAACCUAUUGCUUUUUUGACGUUCUCGUUGCCGUCGCCGUCAUCAUUGUUAAAACUCCUUACUGACAUUUCGCGAACGGAGAGUUUUCGCGCGUGUGUACUAGUACCAAAUCUAAGUCAGAUGUCUUUUUCCGACAUUUCUUAGUUUUUGCACCUCAGUAUUUCAAAAUUACUUAAACCUGCUGCAGAUGAAACUUGCAUUUAGUUUGAUGGAUUGUCUUUGUGUGUUUCAAAGGUGUGCUCUUUUGGUUUAAUUUAACGAUGAAAGUAGCCGGGGGCCAUGCUCUGAGUAGCCGGGGGAAAUCCCCGGCCCCCAGCCCUUAGUGACAACCCUGAAUCAUGAUCAGACUGGCUUGCUUAACACAUUACUGUUUGUAGGGGGUCUCAGUCUCUGAUGUUGAAAUACUGAGAGAUAUGCAGAACACAGGGAGGGCAUUCGUUAACCAGACAAGUCAUCCAAUAGACCUUGUCACGGUUUUCAACGCCAUCUUGACGAGUAGGCAAACGUGUAAGAAAUUACAGUGUUUGUAUGAGAAUCUAAUGUCGAAUAAGUUCCGUAAAACGGCUGUUCUGUAAACUAAAGCUACAAAGCAAAGGAUUGUCCUAAAAAAAAUUGGGGGCAUACCUGUGCUUAAAUUUCUCCAGAGGCUUGCUUUAGUUUUUCCAUAUAUUUGUCUGUUCGUCAAAUAUCAUGGCAAAAACAUCCAGUUUCACAACAGGCACAUUACUGAUCGAAAUAAAUCACCUGCGACCUUGUGAUCAAAAUUUUCCCAGGACUUUCUUACAGGCGAAUGUAUAGAAAAUUUUAAAAAGUGGCUCUAGGUCUUCUAGUGCAUGUAAUGCUCUCAAAUUUUUUCAGGAGAAUCCUUAGGAGUGAAGCUUUAGUUUACAAAUCAUAUUUGUUUCAGAACAGCCAUUCUACGGAAAUUAUUCGCCCUUAGAUUCUCAUACAAUCACUGUUAUAAUUUCUCACGCAUUUGCAUACUAGUCAAGAUGGGGUCGAAAACCGUGACAAGGUCUGUUAUCAUGUAAUGUGCAAAAUCUUGGCCAGAUUUGUCUCCCCAACAAGUUUUUUGGGAUCUGGGAUUUGCCUUCUUUGAAGGCUAGGAUUCAGGAUUUCUAAUAAAAUGGGAGCGAGGUUCGGGAUUGAAAGUGUGCAUGAGAUGGGGAUGCCAAAAAUAACUAUUAGGAUUAUGGGAUUGAGCGAAUAUUUGGGUUGGGAUGACUGGAUUAAAGAACCCUGUAGGGUACCCUCUGAUUUCUAAGUGCAACCCAAAAUGUAAUGCUGAUUAGCCCCUCAGUCUGAUUGUACACUUGAGUUUUUUUAUUAGGCAGACCAGCACUGACUUUUCUUGUACUUUUAGAAAAGGGCAUUGUCUAUAUUGGUGACAUUGAUUCUGAUGAUGAGGAGAAAGAUGUUGAUUCUUUCGAGAGCAUUUGUAAAGGCCAUGGCAUAUCUAUCUACAACGACCCUUGCAAUGUAAGAUUUGAAGUGUUUUUACCCAGGAUAGAUGAACAAAGCAAGCGAGUGGUAAGUACAUCAAUUUACAGUUUGAAGUCGCAAGCCGGGUCAAGCAUACCCCAAGAAAUUCUAGUGUUAGUGUCAACUUGUAAGCACCGUUCAGAGUAUUUGCCUCUAUGUAAUUUGCUGUCUGUAAGUACCUGCUUUAGUUAAGAUUGCUAUUUAAAAGGGAACCUCCACUCUUACUACAGAAUAAGUUUAAAUCGAAUAAAAUUAUGUUAAACAAAUUUGUUCGAAAUUUGUCUUAAAAAAAGUGUUUAUAUCAGGAAAAGUGAAUUUUAAAAUCGCUUAUUUUCACUUUCAAAUUCCGCGGGCGCCGCCAUCUUGAAUAAUUGCGACGUGUUACAGUUGCUCUAUUGUUCUGACACAAAGAGCUUUUGUUUAAUAACAAUAGGGCAACCAUUACACGUCACAGUUAUUCAAGAUGGCGACGCCCGCAAAAUUUGAAAACAAAAAUAGGCGAAUCUAAAAGUUAUUUCUUUUGGAUACAAACACUUUCUUUAAAAGUAUUUUAGAUUGACUUGACUGUAACAGUUAUUUCCUGUGAUUUAAAGUUAUCUUUUUGUUGAAGUGGAGGUUCCCUUUAAAAAAAGUAAACUAUAAAUAUUAAUGAGAGCUUCGCUUUUAGCCCAGGCUAAAUCUAUAUAGAAAAAUGUCUACUUAAGGGAAAAUGCUUCUAUCUUUUAUCAAAUUCCAGUUCUCAAAAACCUAAUUCUUUAUGGAAAUGAAAUAUAUCAAGAUCAAUCUGGAGAAUUUAUAUGUGGAUAUUGGGGCUUAAGUGAACAGGUUAAUGUUUCUUUUUUGGAAAUUGAGUCAGUAAGUUGCUACACUACGCUACGCUAUUCGGGGUAUCAAAAUAAUUCAAAUCUCUUAAUUCCUGCACGCAUUAUAAGCAGUGAAUUUAAGACUACAGCUUCUCUGUAUUUGGUCAGAUUAAUUGCAUGAAAAAUCAUUCAACCAUUGAAUUAUGGAUAAAAUUCCUAUGAAGACAUUAAUGGCAUACUGAGACUAAAAAGAAAGCUGAGCUUCAGACAGAAAUUUUAACAGUCUCAAGUGUGAAUUUACUGCUCAUUACAUAUGCCAGAAUGAGGAAAUGAAUAUUGAAUAUUAGUAUAGUUACUAACAUUUUCAUUUUUAAAUAGUGAAUUUGUUUAUAGAAUCUAUCAGGAUGCACUUGACCUGUCUUGACUGUAAGCUGACAUCAGAAUGUUUUGAUUAUGAUUGUUUUAAUGAUUUUUAAAAGGAGCGGAGUGGUGCUUGUAAAUUCUAACCAUAUUGUUAUCAAAUACCAUUUUUAAACAAAAAGCUGCCCUAAUAUGAAAUGUUUCUUUUUCAUUUAUAAGUCUAAAGGAAUAAUUUAUCCAGUUAAUGAUCUUCAUCUAAAACCAACAUCCAGGUGAUUUUACUGUAGACCCUCAGUAAUGACAUUUUUUUUGAGGUUCACUUUCUUUAAUAAAUUUCUUCUUUCAGUUUUAUUGUAUUAUGGUCUUGAGAACAGAAAUGGGUAUUGAUAAAGACAAGGUCUCAGUGGAACGACGAUACUCAGACUUCAGAGCUCUGUACAAGUCACUCAAAAAAGACCUUCCAACCAUCUUGAAGGACAUUAAUUUUCCAAAGAGAGUUCUUGGCCAAAAGAGUAAUUUGGAUCCCGAAUUAAUUGAAUCCAGACGGGUGGAAUUUCAGGCAUUCCUGCAAACUAUAUACCAACACUAUGAAGUACGCCAACAUCCAGCUUUCCGAGAGUUUUUCUAUCUGCCAGGUUUACGAGAGGCAACUGACUUUCUAAUAGGUGGGGAAUUAAAUAAUUCCUUAGAACUGUUAUUAAACAGCCUGCAUCUUCAAGUGAAGUUGUGUGACAAAGUAAGAGAGGUUAUAGCUACUCUUGCAGCAGUUGUGGUGGUACUUGAGGCUCAAGACAAUCUGGAAGAUGCUGAGCAUUAUGCAAUGGCAGCUCUUGAUUUAGCUCAAGAUGAUUAUUUAUGUUCUUAUGUGAUCCCUCUGUUGGACACGGCAGUAAAACUGAGGCAAAAACUGCAAAUGGACAAGAAAGGUAUCGAGAAUCAUUUAUUCCGAGUUCAAAGAAUGACUGGUCUAGAUGUUGAUCACAUGUUUAGCCUGCGAGCCCUUGCUGCUAUGAGAUUUCAAAAAGAAAAGACUAGCUCAUGAUUCAAGAUCAAUUAAAAAAAUUGCUGUUAUAGAUAAUUAUUUCUAAAAGGCUUGUUUUUUUUACAUGCUUUGUAUAGAAUAGCCCAGUUUUGAAUUAAAAAUUACUGCUGAAUACAAACAUUAACAACACAAUACAGGGUUACUUCAGAUGGAGGGUAAGCCUGUACAAAUGCAUCUUCACUUCUUGAAUUCAGCGGUCAUAGCAAACUAGAAACUGGACUAUUGAAGGUAGUACAUCUGUUGGUUUCUACUAAAACAAUAAUAUAGUCUAUAAUAAUAGUCUACAGCACUUGUUCUCAUUUUCUAAGAGUCAAUUGGUCAACUCCAACUUCUAAUCGAGUUGUUAAAUAUGCAGA